GCAGCGCUCACCAAAGUAACAUGACUUUCAAUGUUACAAGUGACAAGACACGUGAUGUGACGAGUGACAUAACGUGUGACACAAAUGCACUAAUCGAAAUGAUAAUACAACUGACGUGAUAUUUUUCUUGCAUGACCCUUUUGCAUUUUAUUUUUACACUACUACUUCACUACUCAAGAUGAGUUCAGACGAAGAAGACGCGUUAUGUGCUUUGAACUUAUUAAAUAUUUUAAACGCAAAUCAUAAAAGAGUUCGAAAUUAUUGGGUUCAUCCAUUUUGGCGUGAAAACUGUCGUGGACGUGGUGCUUUUUCGGUAUUUCAGGAUCUUGAAGACGGCGAUCGAUUUCAAUCUUUCUAUCGAAUGGAGAAAAAAACUUUUGAUAUGUUGACUGAACUUGUAGGAUCUAAAAUUCAAAAAAAGGAUACCAAUUAUAGACGUUCAGUGUGUCCUCGAGAACGCCUACUUAUUACUCUCAGGUAUUUUUCUGGAGAAGUUUCAAUGAGAUCAAUUUCAUAUUAUUUUUUGAGAGGUGAAACGACCGUUCGUAAUAUCAUAGAAACUACAUCUAAAGCCCUAUGGGAAGUUUUACAGCCUCUAUACAUGCCCAUACCUAAUCAAAUAAUGUGGAAAACUAUUGCUGAUCGAUAUAAUGAGCUAUGGAAUUUGCCAAACUGUGUUGGUAGUAUAGAUGGCAAGCACAUACGAAUUAAGGCACCAGUAAAUUCAGGAUCGUCAUUUUUCAAUUACAAAGGAUAUUUUUCAAUUGUUUUAAUGGCUACAGCAGAUGCUGAUGGAAAGUUUAUCACUAUUGAUGUAGGAGAAUAUGGUCGGAACAGUGACUCAAAAGUUCUUAAAGAAUCUGCAUUUGGUCAAUUAUUAUUUAAAAAAAAACUCAACCUUCCCGAAAAUGCUUGUUUGCCACACGAAGAAAAUGAUCCAACAUUUCCCUAUUACUUCGUUGCAGAUGAGGCAUUUCCUCUACUCGACAACGUUAUGAGACCCUAUCCAAGACGUUCAUUGACGAAUACAAAAAGAAUUUUUAAUUACAGAUUAUCCAGAGGUCGUAAGUCAGUGGAGUGUGCGUUUGGAAUGAUGGCAUCUAAAUUUAGAAUAUUGGAACGACCCAUCAAUUUUAAAACUGAAAAAAUUGAAAUCGUGAUAAAAGCUAUAUGCGUUUUGCAUAACUUGAUUCGAGUGCAUGAUGGUACGUACUCAAUUCCACAAGGAAUUCAGCAAGAUAAUGUCGACUUGUUAUAUGAAGAUACUGAGGGAAAUAUAGAAAACAAUAGAACGAGACCUUCUUACUCAGCGAUGGAAAUAAGGGAAAGACUUUGCCAGUAUUUUGUGAAACCAUACGCAGCAUUGCCUUGGCAAAAUAAGCUCAGUGACGAGUAAAUAACGAAUGACAAAAGUAGUGCAAGCAGCACUUUGGUCACAGACAAAACUUCAGAUAUGAUUCAAAACUGACGCAGGUUCUGACAUGUUUGAUCGGUGUACGGACUUGCGUGAUUUUCACUAUAUUUCAAUAACAAAUUUCGGGAGUAACAUGUUACUAUAAAAUCACGUGUCAUAUCACGCGUCAGAUCACUCAUCAUGUUACUUUGGUGAGCGCUGC